AUGAAGGAGGUCAUGAAGAGAUCCAGCAAGCUGUCGGUGAUAAAGACCGUGAUGUUCAAGUAUGUUCUUGGGUCGCCGGUUGUGAGGGUUAUGAUGCUUCCGGUUGUUGUAACGCUGUUGGCUGCAGGAUAUGGGGAGAUAUUCAUCACACAGAUUCUAAAUGACAUCCAGGAAAAGGCCAGCGAUGCAGAGGUGGUAAACGAGAAGAUCAGGAUAUACCUGAUUGCCGCGCUUUCCUCGUAUGUUUUUGGACUAGCGUCGCUGUUUGCGAUGUCGAGUUAUAUAGAAAGCGUCUGCAGAGACUACAUCAUAGAUCUAUACAGAGACCACAUUUCCAUGUCGUUCUCUGACUUCAAGAAGAUAGGUGUGGGAAAUAUGAUUUCGUUCAUGAACAGGAAGAUUUUAUCUCUGCAAGAGGUCCUGGAGUCCACUGUAAAGGUCUUCAUCAUGACUCUGUGCUGCAUCCUCAUAACAAUGGCGAAGAUCCAGUCGGAGGUUGGAAGCCGUUAUGGACUGCUGAUUGGAGGCGUUGUGGUUGCCUAUGGAGCAUGCGUGAUUGUUAUAAACCACUAUAGAAACAUUAUCCGGCUGAAAAUGAACAGGGAGAUUGAUCUGUGUGAGAGGAAGAUCUACAACAACAUACUGAACUAUGACAUCAUAAAGUCGUAUAACAACGAGGAGCUGGAGGCAAAUGAAGUGUAUAGAUGCAUGGGUGCGCAGACACGGUAUGGAAAGAUGUACUGGAGCUGGCUGCAGGUUGGAAACUUUAUCGGAGAAAACAUAUUUGUCAUGGCCAUGUUUAUAAUGACUAUGCAGUUUUCAAACAACGAUGCAAGGAAGGUUGGGUUCCAGGACUAUACCCUGAUGUUCUCUUUGAGCAAUCAGCUCCGGAUGUAUUGCGUCAAUAUAAGCAACAGCUUUGGACUGAUAUUGCUAAACCUGACGAACAUGGCACAGAACAGAAUUGAACCCAGCAGACUAGACAUUCAGGAGCCGGGAUAUUACAAGAAGGAUUUUGACGCGCUGAUCAGGAUUUCGGAGCUGGAGAUAUCAGUCGGAGACAAGAGGCUGAUAAGGGGAGUGAAUAUGGACAUAGGGAAAGGAGAGAAGAUAGGGAUAUCUGGAGACAAUGGAAGCGGCAAGACAUCGUUUAUUAGGGCUCUCCUAGGUUUUUUUGACUAUUCCGGAAGCAUUCUUGUCGACGGUAUUGAGCUGAGUACGUUGAAUAAGGAGGGACUCCGACAAAUGAUAUCAUACUCUCCCCAAGAGUCGCAGCUGUUCAAUGAGUCGAUUAUUAGCAAUAUAAAGGACGGGAACAUAUACAUGAGUGAUGAGGAGGCUGUUGAGAUCUGCAAGAAGUAUGGGAUGGAUGAUAUGUUCACUAGUCUCGACGACGGAUACCAAACGCUUGUUGGAAAUCGAGGGAACAGGCUGAGUGGAGGACAAAGGCAAAAGGUCAGCAUGAUGAGGACUGUUGUCAAAGAUGCACCGAUAUACAUAUUUGACCAGGUGACCUCGCAUGUGGACAAAGAGUCCGAGAAUAACAUGGUUGACAUGAUUAUGAAAAACCUCUCUGACAAGACUGUUAUAAUGGUGGUGCAAAACUCUGACCUGCUUGAUAGGUUUGAUAAGAUAUAUUAUUUCUCUAAUGGGGGCAUAUCCAGUUGA